GGCGGGGCGGGGAGGCGAGGGGAGGCGGCACCGCCGAGCCGCGGCCGCCCGGGUCCCCGCCCGGCAGAGCCAUGCACGGGCUCCCGCAGCUGCUGCUGAGGGUCACCGCAGUGGUUGUUUCCUGCUCUGGAUCACAUGAGGAAAACUCUUCUUCACCAGAUCCACUUAAUGAGCUCUCUCCGAUAAGAAAUGGGAUGGUGUCAUCAGAUCAGCCAUCUAGGACAGAAACCUCAUGCAUCAUCGGCUCAAGCUGCUCCUGGGUGAUGUCUACAGAUGAUUUUGGAAAACCGGACUGGGUGUUAUCUUCAGUUGGUGUCCUGGUGUCUCAGGAGAGGCAGCAGUUGCUUCUGGAGAACAGCUCCUCUAGCGGAGACGUUGAAGGGGACAUUUUCCUCCUGAACAUCAGUAGGCUCCCAGACAGAUGCGAGUUCAGCCUGCAUAGCCCUGUCCUGCCUGGGAGCUUGGACUCUUGCUUGCUGGAACUGGCCAUAUAUUCACAGGAUGCUGUUCCUCUCCUCCAGAGGUUCACAGUUGAAAUCAGACAUGUGGAGACAAACAGAAAUAUAAUAAUUCCUCUGAGAGUUGGCCGUGAGGAGGAUGCCGGGGUGAAAUGGAAAUCACUGAUGGCCCAGAUUGGCCGAAUAGAAAGACCUUUUAAAAUCACCUUGCUGUAUUCAAACUGUGGACCACAAGAGGCUGGACUACUGGCAGUGGGCUCCUUGCAGCUCAGGAGUUGCUUUCGUGAUAAAGAAAACCAAGAUCUUUCUGUAUAUAACAAAGGCUCCACCUUCCCCUGCCUUCUUGAAGGCUGUGUCAGCCACUUGCAAAUCUGUGAAUUCAUCAGUGACUGCCCUGCCAAAGAGCAGGAAGGGGUGAGGUGUGACAGUCUCCCAGAGGGCUCACAUUGCUCUUUUGAAGAAGGUCCUUGUGGCUGGACACUGAAUGGUACCGCAGCAUCCACCUGGUCUAUUAGGGGCUUUACCAAAGUGAUUCAAGAAGCCCCAUUUAUAGGGUCUGCCUUGCAAGCCACUGGAGGACACUUCCUCUACCUGCGAGCAGACAGCAAUCGAGCUAGUGGUAUGGCCAAGGCUUACAGUACUAGCUUGCCAGCCAGUAUUGCCACUGAAGACUACCAGGUCCAGUUCUCAGUGCAUGUUUUUGGCAGCUACAAUGGUACCAUCUCCUUCUCUGUCAGGGAAGAGACAAAGGGAGCCCCAACCACCUUGCAAAUGUGGGAAAGAGCAGGGAGCUGGAGUGACCACUGGUUUCUCAUCACUUUACCAAUGCCAGUGCUCCAGAACCGGUUUCACCUGCAACUACUAGCAACCUGGGGCUGGAAUUCCCAAGCUGAUAUUGCUGUUGACAAUAUUACAUUUGGACUGGACUGCUUCACUGGAAGACAACCAAGCUAUUUUGGUGGGAAGCGCCAGUACCCAUGGGAAGUUAGUAUCCUGGAUGAGCAUCUCCUGAACCCACUGGAAGAACCCUCCCUCCCAGGGGACACAUCUGUUGUUCUGUGGUGGUUCACGACAUGUGGUGCCAGUGGUCCACGUGGGCCAACUCAAGCACAGUGCGACAGUGCCUAUAAGAACAGCAACGUGUCAGUGACUGUGGAGAAAGAGGGUAGGCUUCGAGGAGUGCAAGUCUGGAGAGUGCCAGCCACAAACCGAUACAGGAUUUCUGCCUAUGGAGCAGCUGGAGGGAAGGGAGCCAAGAACCACAAUAAGAGGUCCCACGGGGUCUUCAUCUCGGCCACCUUCCAGCUGGAGAAAGAUGAGCUGCUGUACAUCUUAGUGGGGCAGCAGGGGGAGGAUGCCUGCCCUGGGGGCAAUCCUCAAACCCAGAAGAUCUGCUUAGGGGAGUCAUCUCUCAUUGAAGAAGAUCACAGAAAAAAAAAGGACCGGAAGGACUGGGCUGGAGGAGGUGGAGGUGGAGGAGGAGCAACCUACAUCUUCAGACAGAAAAAUGGGAUUUUCGAACCUUUGCUCAUCGCAGCAGGAGGAGGAGGGAAAGCCUACCUGAAGGCUCAGGACAGCUCCCUAGAUGAUGUACCCCUGGAGCAGUUUGAGAACAGCAGUGCAGUACCUGGAGUCAGUGGGAGUACAGGGGCAGCAGGUGGAGGUGGUGGCUGGCAAGAUGUGAGACUGUUUCCUCAGGCUGGGAAGUCCCUUCUGGAAGGCGGAGAAGGGGGUCAGGCUUGUCCCCAGGCACUAGCCAAGCUCCAGUGGGCCACCUCUGGUGGCUUUGGUGGGGGAGGAGGAGCUUGUACUUCUGGUGGAGGAGGUGGAGGCUAUAGAGGGGGAAAUGCCUCUGCUAAUGAUGAUAUCACGGCUGAUGGGCAGGAUGGCAUCUCCUUUGUGAACCCCAUUGGAGAGAUCUUCUUGCAUCCCCUGGCAGCCAUGGAGAGUCACGGUGAGGUGGAGGUUCAGAUCUAUCUGAACUGCAGCCACUGCCACUCGGACAACUGUAAGCGGGACCCUGACACCAACCUGCCAGUCUGCCAGUGUGAGAUAGGGGCUGUGCUAGCCAACGACAAUGUCACCUGCACUGUACCCCAGGGUGCUAUCCCAGAGGGACACCUGCCUCUCCCACUCCUCCUAGCUGUGGUGGCUAUGAUUGUGGUGCUUGGAAUGAUCCUCACUUGCGGCAGCCUAUCUAUCAUUUAUCACCUUAAGAAGCAGCAGCUAGCAGGAGCCAGAGCACGACUGCAGAGCCCAGAAUAUAAACUGAGCAAAAUCCGCACAUCAACCAUCAUGACAGAUUACAACCCCAACUACUGCUUCGCAGGGAAGGCCGCCACUCUGAGUGAGCUUAAGGAGAUCCCACGGAAGAACAUCUCUCUGCUUCGGGCACUAGGACAUGGUGCAUUUGGAGAGGUUUAUGAGGGUACAGUGAUAGGCAUUGCAGGGGAUCCCAACCCUCUUCAAGUAGCAAUCAAGACAUUGCCAGAAGUCUGCUCUGAGCAGGAUGAGAUGGAUUUCCUGAUGGAAGCAUUGAUAAUCAGCAAGUUCAAUCACCAAAACAUUGUGCGGUGCAUCGGUGUGAGCCUACAGACGCUGCCUCGCUUCAUUCUGCUUGAGCUCAUGGCUGGAGGAGAUAUGAAGAGUUUCCUUCGGCAGAAUCGACCCAGGGUGAAUCAGCCAUCCACACUAACGAUGCAGGACCUGCUGAACAUAGCUAGGGAUAUUGCCUGCGGCUGUAAAUAUCUAGAAGAGAAUCACUUCAUCCACAGGGAUAUAGCUGCCAGGAAUUGCCUUUUGACCUGCAUUGGGGCAGGACGAAUAGCAAAAAUUGGUGACUUUGGGAUGGCCAGAGAUAUUUACAGAGCAAGUUACUAUCGCAAAGGAGGAAGAGCCAUGCUUCCUGUCAAGUGGAUGCCACCGGAAGCUUUUCUAGAGGGGAUUUUCACCUCCAAGACUGACACCUGGUCCUUCGGUGUGCUGCUUUGGGAGAUCUUCUCUCUAGGCUACAUGCCUUACCCUUGCAAAACCAACCAGGAAGUCCUGGAAUUUGUCACCAGUGGAGGAAGAAUGGAUCCACCAAAGAACUGUCCAGGGCCUGUGUACCGGAUCAUGACACAGUGCUGGCAACACAGCCCAGAGUAUCGGCCAAACUUCUCCACCAUUCUAGAAAGAAUCAAAUAUUGCACACAGGACCCUGAUGUGAUCAACACUGAGCUCCCUGUUGAGUGUGGCCCAGCACCAGAGGAUGAAGGGAGCACAGUCAUGCGCCCAAGCAUUUCCAGUGGGAUAGUGCCCCUGUUGGUGAGCCCUUCUCUCACACCUCAGAUGACUCCUAAAACACUUGAUUCCCAGCAUGCUGGGCAUAAACUUGGGCAACGUCCACAAGAGCUGCUGGUGGAGAACCUGGGCAACUGGACUGCUCAAGGGCCCAGCCUGCCCUGCCUCAGCGAUUUCAACAGCGGGUCCUGGUUUCAGCAGAGCUCAAACCAGAAGCUGGAGCUCAGCAAUCCACCAACUCACAGACUGAAGAACAAAACCAAAAACCUUUGGAACCCAACCUAUGGAUCAUGGGUGCUAGACAACAUCUGUCGCUCCAGCCCCAGCUCCAAGCUCCAAGCAACUCCAGAGCGAGAAGAUUCAGGCUUUGAUGGGAAUUGCAGUUCUUCCCCUAGUUCUCGGGCAUCUCCAGCAUCUCCGAGUCGAAGCAACUGCCCUCACCUGGAUAUCGGUGGGAUUGAACUGGUGAAACUCCAGACUUUCCCCUGUGGCAAUGUAAAUUACGCAUAUGAUGAUUUGUGCUAUAGUACUGACCACCAGCCAUCAGCUUUGGCAGGGGCCAGAACAGCUGUACUAAGGAGCUCCAGUCUGCGUAGAGAUGAGAAGCCUUUUUCUAAACCAGAGAAAACAUCAAGAGAGAGGGACUCUGGGCUGUCUUUGUCAGAUGACUUGAGUGUUACACCAGUAUAAAAUAAAAGAUUCUUCCAAGGAAUGUGUGUGUCUGGAAGGACAAACUUGAACUGCUUUCUAUUUCACUUACUUCCUCCCUUCAAGUUUCUUCAGAUGGGUGAUGGUUCAACAUCAGCAAUGUUCUGCUUCCUCCUCCUACCUGCUGGAUUCCCAGAUCUUCAAAGACAGUUGCAUUUCUGUCUCCGUCCAUCAGUGUUCCAUGGAACCAGUGCCUCUGCUUAGAUGUAGAGGACAAUGGCAUUGCUGCAGUGAUUCAGAGUAUGAUACCUAAUGAAAGGAGUCCUUUUUAAUCUGCUCAGGUGAAAAAGAAAUGGACCUACCAUCCAACCACAACAUUUGGAUGGAAAUAGUCACCAACACAGACUGUUCUUCUUUCUGACCUAAGAAACCAAAAAUGCAUGCUGUGCCAGCAGCAACCAACCUGCAAAGGCUGCUGUAUUCCCUAGAGCUUUGUACAGUCCUGCUGACUUACUAAUGAUGCUCAUGCACUGUCAGGGAAGGAAAUAAAUAGCAGCCACAUUUGCACCUGUUUUCUUAGCAGACGCUGUGAAGAAGAUAAAAAUGAAGCUGCUGUGCAAAUUGGAAGCAGUACGAAAGAUGAAAAUAAUCCAGUCUCCUCUGAGUGUGUGUUUUGAAAGUAAGCAAUGGAGAAGAAAACAAAUUCAAUAUUGAAAAAAUAGUUGGUGGAGGUGAUGGAGUCCCACCGAAUAGUGAAGAAAAUGUGCUGCUUGCCUCAGGGUGUUGCUUUCCUCCCAGCUCCUGGCGUGGAAUGGGCAGGAAGUUUUCCGAGUAAUGGCAAGCUGCAUGGUGUGGUGAGAAAUAGACUUUCCUUUUCUUUUAAUGGACAUUAGUUGGGAUGAACUUCACUUUUGUAAGUACUUUGGUAUUCCGCAGUAACUUCCUGUGCUAUGUUGGUACGCAUUAAGCUGAAACUUUUAGGGUAACUGUGUAGCAUGUGGUGCUCUGGAGUUUCUUGCUGGUUUUACUCAUCCUCUUCUGAGAUGCAUUUAACAGAGUAAGGCUAACAAGGGGCAGAGUGAAGGGGAACCUGUUUAAUACAACCACUAUCUUACAGUGCCCCUUACACAGCAGGGCAGAACAGCUCAACCCUUUGGGAACGCUAAAUCAUUAGCUGGCUUCACACACCCAAGCAGGCUGUUUAUUUCUUUUUGACUUCCAAGCAUAGUCCUACUGGUUAAGGUAGCUGGUGUUUGUUUUGAAAAGAGAUUAUUUCUAAGGCUUUCUUCUGUUGUUUAGGCUCUAAUCUGGUGUUUACUGGUUAAAUCCUGCAAAACAGGGAGACUGAAAAGGUAAAUCAUUGGGUUUAAGCCUGGGUAAAUCACUGGGUAUAAGCCUGAACUAGCUCAGAAGCACUUUGUCCUUGUCUCACACCUGAAUGUUGCACUGCCAGCCUACCACAGCAGAGGAGAAUCGAUGGUUGAAGAGAAUGGGAAAUGACAGAAAAUGCAGAGCUGUGCAACAAGUCAGAGAUGCCAUCGCUUAAACUCCUGAGUGUGAAGUGCAAGGAUAGAACAGUUUUCUAAAUUACAUGCUGCCUUCACAUGUGAUCAGGCUGUAUGCUGAGAUGUCUGUCUUAGACUCUGUCUGGUUCCUCUCUGAGUAGAAAAGUGCUGUGGCACAAGCUGCAUGCAUAGUGAUUAGCUGCAUGUACAGUCUGAAGACGUGGGCUGGCAGGAGAAGGUUUGCUUUGAACACACUUCAUGUCCUCUGCAUCAUUCAGGAAUGGAUGCUACUGAUGUGUGGUACAGAAAAGCACAGUGUGAAGAGUCUGAUUCCAUCUUUUACCAGCAAAGUGUGUCUUCAGCUCAGGUUUUUGGUUUGUCUGUCUGACUUUGUAUUUGUUCCUAGCUUCCUAUAUUCUUAGACCUUUGGCUUUAGAAUGAGUAGUUUUAUAAACUCUUUUCUGAACCUGUCUGGUGAUGAUGGCUCCUUCUAGCAAUGACCUUUAUGGUAGGGUAAAAAAAUCACAAAUCCAGGCUGUGCAAUGACAGCUGGUCAGAACAGAGGUGUCACUCUGUGCAUAGGCAAAUUCCAGGAGUGGUUUGGGGACAAAGGGGCUUAGUAACCAAGGCAGAAAGUUUCUCUUGUCUCUCACCCUCUUUCCCAUUUCACCUUCCUUUCAGCUCUGUGGCUUGCUCAUUGCCUAUCCUAUCGUAUCUCCAGGAGCUGGUGCAGGCUGGUUAGAUGAAGCACAGUGAGCAAGGUCUCUCCAUUGAGUUCUGGCAGUGCAUUUUUUUCAGUUGAUUAGCAAGAGACUGCUCAGUCAUUCUUGCCUUUUGCAGAGGCUAACAUGCAGUUUUUGAUCAUGUCUCUAGCUGGCCAGCUGUGAAUACUGCCAGUCAAGAAUAAAUAAAUUUAUUCUUAACUAACCAGAAUAACACCAGCUCAUCUUCACCUUUCAGAUUACAUUAGUCCCAUGGUUUAUGCAUUAGCAGCUUUUUUGCCCAAAGGUGAGCUAGCAGCUCUCCAACUGUUGCUACUGGGCACCAGCAACUCAGCCCCUGCCUCCCUGCAGUGGAAAGGCCCUAACAGCACAGUGAUCCUAGUGCAAUUGCAACGGAGGUCGCUCUGGAGCACCUUCCCACCCCUGUUUUCAUCAGGCUCCAUUCUGAGCAGAGCAGUGGUGGGCAUGACUAUGCUUUUACAGGCCAGUUAUGACUCUGCUUUCAAUUCUCCUUAGCCAUCUGUGGGGGAGAUUGAUGGUAGGUGAGGAGGGAGAUACUGACUUGUCUGGAAGUCAUGGGAGGUUGAGAAGUGUAUCACCUUUCCUUUCAUCUGUAGACUUUUUAUAAGGUAGUAGGCACAAGACAGCUCCUUUUCACACAAUACUCUAAGAUUCCAGGGAGAGGCAGGUAGGAUCCCUGCUGUCCAUAUGGUACCUAACUUGAACCAACCUUCUUUUCCCCAUACAUAUCACUUGCCUUGCUUAAUUCACAAAUUUAGAAUGGCAAAUAGUGAUAAAACUAGUGAUAAAACACAUUGGGAAGUAAAGUGGGAGAAGAGCAAAGCUGGAACCACAGUUCCUACUACUCAUCAAUACCAUAAGCAGGCUUGUCUGCAGAUCAUCUCUUGUUUUAGGAAUAAAACACGAGUUCUUCAGUCCUGUGCUUUGGACAACAUACAUACAUGUUUUUAACUUAGCAGUUGAGUCAAAGUACUUAUUUACAGGAAGAGCAUAGGAAAAGCUGCACUGAGCCAGACUAUAACUCCAUACAGCCCAGUAUCUUAUCUCUGCCAGUGACCAACAGACAGGUGUUGGAAGGGCAAAGAUAAGAGUAGAGUGAGCAUGUAGUGAUUAUUUCCUGUAAAUAUUCUCCUGGUCUACAACAGCACGUAGCUCAGGGACUUACUGAGCCAGAGGUGGUGUCUUGUAACAAGACACAACAUAGAUGUGCACAUACUCAAUGGGCACUAAAAGAAACAGUUGGGAAUUUUAUAAGAAUCAGCAAUCUAUAUUUUAUUUAUGCUCUUAACUUCCUCAGAUGGAAAUAAAGAUAGGUAAACUAUCUUCUGUCUGCAGUUAUCAUGCAUCUUUGACCUGAAAAAAAAUUUGUUUGUGUAUCUGAUCUCUUAGCUGCUUCUUCAAAUCCCUCACAAUAAUGAAUUUUUAAUGGAUAUGUUGGAGGAACUAAUGCUAAUAUUGCUCCUGUGGUGAUGCUGAAAUGCUAUGUGUUUUCCAAAAUACAUUUAUCUUAAAAAAAAAAAGAAAAAAAAAGACAUAUACCACAACAUUCAAAUCCUACAAUUCUGAGAAGAGUCUGAAAAUCACUAUUCUCACAAUCACAGAUUUCAUACAGUGCCUGAGUUCUAGUAUUUCAAAAUACAUUCUGCUUGAAAUUGUUUUUUUUUAAGGAAACACUUUUAAUGAGUAAGGAAAGAGUGAACCCACAUUGUCGGAAUUAUAAUAAAUUACUUGGGCAAUUGAAAGCCAAAAAAAGAUUUUUUUUUUUUUUUCAUAGAGGAAUGACAUACACGGGAGGUCUGUGAUUAAUUCAAUCCUGUAAUCCAUGUGAAAAGUCUUCCAACACUUCCCCCAUGGAGACUCAGCCACCUAUAGGAAUAUUAUAGCUUACUCUUCGGGAUGGGUCUUUAUGUUUUUAACAUAGUGUAGCUACCAACUUAUUUUUACAUAUAUGUGUAUUUUUUUUUGUGGGCUUAGCAUUAAUAGUUUAUAUUGCUCAUACGGCAUCAUACCUACAUUUUAAAGAGGGGACUUUAUAAGGCAAGACCAAACAAUAAUGCAAAUUUCAAUAUGUUUUUCUCUGCUUUCUGUUCACUCUUGUUGAUAUUCUGAUUUGUUACCUUUGUUUUUUUCUCUCUCUCCUAUUCAUUUUAAAAAUGUGUUGCAUCUUCAUUUUCCCUUUAAACAUAAUUUUUAACUGUGCACAGAUUUAAGGUGUCCCCUUCUCAUCAACUCUUUUCCCAAAGUAAGUUCUCCACUAAUUUGCCAGGAGGCAGACCUGCACUAGGAAAGUUUUGCAGGUAUAAUUAGUUGUGAGCUUUUGCAAGCAUAACUUAUUCCCCCCUCCAAUACCUGCUCCCUCCCUACCCUAAAGAAAAGAAAAUUCUAUUGGUAGGAGUAUGGUUUUCCCUAAUGUAAUUGCAUCUACACAGCUGUGUCAGCCAGGGACCACACUUCCUCACAUCCCUGAGCAGCAGAGCUGUGCAAGACUAAGUUUCUCUGUUAGACCUGGCCUCGCUCUCUCUCUCCUCCAGGCUGCCUAUCCUUUCCAAUCUGAUGCAGAGUCCUUAGAGGAGACACCACUAUCCACAAGUUUUGUCACAUGACUUUUUCAUUUAAUUGAAUUGCUUUUGAUUUGUCAUUACCUCUGAACAUGGCAGCACUUCUUGCCAACUUACCGUUUUGGUUGACUACUGUACAUAAGUAGAUGACAAGCCUGCUUCUAUGCAAUUUAAUGUUGGACAAAUGUAUACUUCUAUAUUUGCAACACAAAAUAAAGAGAUGCUAAUGGUG